AUGGCCGACUUUGAUGUCUACGAGUCUCUCGAGACUCGCCAACAAUUCUGGGAAGAACUUGACGAUGUCGUUACCACCCAGUACCAGUCGCAUGAUCUGAUUGACGAGACGCUCAGGGCCUGGUUACAUCUUGCUUCGAGAUUCAGGGAUAAGUUUUGCGAUUCCGAGGACGACGUCGCCGCAUGCUGCGAGAAGCUGGUCUCCAGCCAGCUGUUCCGAGAAAAUAAAGACUAUAUUCGCACUCAGAUCGUCUACAGCCUACUCCAGGAAGAUGACCCGGCAUCGCUGCAUGUCAUCGCCCUUUUUCUCCUGCUAGAUGGCCAAGCCGACGAGACUGCCUUCUCCCGCAUGAUCGAGGAGGCCUGCUUUCCCCGACUUCUCGAACUGAUCAACGGCCGCAAAGAUCAGGAUCCCAGGCUGCAUCGUCUGCUGCUGGAUCUUAUGUACGAGAUGUCUCGCAUCGAGCGCCUCCGCACCGCCGACUUAAUGCAGGUCGAUGACGGUUUUAUCGCAUACCUCUUUCAGAUGAUCGAAGAGCUUUCUAAUGAUGCUCACGACCCAUAUCAUUAUCCCAUCAUUCGAGUAUUGUUGAUUCUGAACGAACAGUACAUGUUAGCUUCCACCGACGUCGCUACCGAUCCGACGACUCCCUCCGUACCGCUCACGAACAGAGUCAUCAAAUGCCUCAGUCUACACGGUUCGCUGUUUCGCACGUUCGGAGAGAACAUUAUUCUCCUGCUGAACCGUGAGACCGAGACCUCCCUACAGCUCCUCAUCCUCAAGCUUCUAUAUCUCCUGUUUACGACCAAAGCCACUUACGAAUACUUCUACACGAAUGACUUGAAGGUGCUACUUGACGUCAUCAUCAGAAACCUGAUGGACCUCCCGGACGAGAAGAUAUCGCUGCGGCAUACCUAUCUACGCGUGUUGUAUCCACUCUUGGCACAUACACAGCUCAGCCAUCCACCUCACUACAAGCGCGACGAAGUCAACAAGGUGUUGAGGAUACUCGGCGGACUAGGCAAUUCCCAUUUUGCGCCCGCCGACGAGACAACCGUAAGGCUUGUGGAGCGUGUGUCCAAAGUCCAGUGGCUGGCCGACCAAGAAGGCUCCGGCGAGGUGGAGGUGGCUCGAAAGUUUUUAGGCAUGACAUUGUCGCGGUCGGACACGGCCAGCAGCAUUAGUGUUGUCGACGUGGCAGCAGUCAUGGAGAAGCCUGGCGUUAUCACGCCAAGUCGAAAAGCCGAGGCCAACGCGGAAGGCAAGGGAGAAGAACCGAAGGCGAGCACAGGAUCAGCACGGCCAAAGAAGCCGUUGCCUGAAGUACCGAAGCAUCGACAUGGAACUCCUGUCGGACAAACGACGACACUACACUUGAACGGACACAAAAAGAUACCGCCCAAGGCACCUCCACCGCGCCGGAGGACGAAACUUAAGCCUGUGGAACCAACAACUGCAGAUGACGCCCCCGACACUGGGACUUGA